UGGGCUCGUUGGAGUGUUCAUCUGCAAACAAACUUGUUAUCUUGAGUGUGAAGAUCAAGAUUGUAUAUUUCUCAAUAUAUAUAUAUAUAUAUACAUAAAAGUUUGUUGAACAUUUUUAAGAAGCUGACUCAGAAAGUUAAAUUGGACGGCCAAAAAGUCUCUAAAGCACAGAGUAACUUCUCUCAUUCUGCUCUGCCUUGAUGCCAAUUGCAAUUCUUUUUCCUCUUUCUAACAUCAUUCAACUUUGCGUAAGAACACAGCAGUUCUGAUUCUCAAUCCCAUUUUACCAUAUUACCCUUCUCCUCUUUUAAUUCAUUACUAUCGAAUCCCAAAAGCAGAAGGCUAUUAUGGUCACAAUUGGGCUAAAUUGGGAGACACUGCAAUAUCCUUCACCCUUUUCCCUUCCUUAACCCAAUCCACUAUAUUUCCAUGGCCUGUUGAUUGCAAAGGAGAGAACUUGAAUUUUGAAUAGAAAGAGAGAGAUAAUGGAAGAACAAGUUGAACUGAUCGGGAAGGCAUUUGUUAACCAUUACUACCAACUUUUUGAUAAUGAUCGACUUGCUCUUGCCUCUCUUUAUCAGCCUAGCUCCAUGCUUAGUUUCGAGGGUCAGAAGAUAUUAGGCGUUAAUGAUAUCUCCGCCAAGCUAAACGACUUGCCAUUUGAUCAAUGUAAGCAUGUUAUUAGCACCAUCGAUUCACAGCCCUCUUCUUUUGCCGGCGGCAUUGUUGUCUUUGUGAGCGGCAGCCUCCAACUUCCAGGAGAGGAGCACCUGUUGAGAUUUAGUCAGAUGUUUCACCUGAUUCCUGAGCAACAGGGAGGCCUCUUCGUGCAGAAUGACAUUUUCCGCCUCAAUUACGGCUAAUUUAUUGAUACUAGAGAACAAUUGAUGAAGAGAAUAAUUUAAUUUGUAUCAUCUUCCAAUGAUUUCUUUCUGCUUCAUUUUUAAAUUUCCUUUACAAUCAUGCAAUUGAUGUAAAGUUAAUUUUUCUAAUAAAAAGAUUAAUGAAAUUUUAUACAGUGGUUGUUUGAUCUGAAA